CAACAAGUGAGACCACCUCAUGAUCAGCUGCAAUGUUCUUGACUGAUUGAGAUCAAGAACAUUGUCAAGGAUUAGUACGUAUUACACAAGUUUUUGUUUAGAUUCUUCCAAGAACCGAUCCUAACGCUAAGACACGAAGGAAGAGCAUGCCUUACCUCAAGAUGCACAGCAAUGCGGUUUCGAUGUUCUUGUCCUCGUUGACAACUAGGUGGUACUUCUAUGGCUACUUUCAUCUUUUGUUCGACGAAGUUGCAUGCGCAGAUUCGCCCAGGCGAUACCUAAGAUCACGCGAAUGGGAAGAAGAGGUCGGAAAAACGUCUCCAGAAGACCUCCAUGUGCAAAAUGAAACGAGGAAAUCCUUUUUGCGAAAGUCUCGUCGUAAGCAGGAUGAAGACGAAGCAGUGAGCACUAACGGUCAACGUGCCGCGGUGUCAACAAGUACUAGCACUACCACUACGAGCGCGGCACAUUUGACAACAUCGCAAGUGUCAUCAGCCACUCCUGGAUCUUCGCGCAGCAAUUCGCAUCUUGUUGAUGAGGCAGUGUCAAAGUUGCAGCAACCGGUCGCUGUACCAACAUGGAACAUCUCAAUCGCCGACUCUUAUGCUGCGACUAACGAAGCGACAAGCCCGACUUCAUAUUCGACACCGCGUUUGCACGAGCAGGAGGAAUCAACAGCAGCGGACAAGAACCAUGUGGUCAAGAACAUCGAAGGACAAGGCAAAUCAGUGGAGGACGACUCAACCACGACCGCAGGAAGGGAUCCUGCAGGCUCUCGGAAAAUGCAAGGGAGGAUGGCAGAGCCUACAACCCAAUCCCAGGAAGACACGAGUGACCUCUCCGAUAAAGACCAAGCUUUAAUCGCACUAGAAGCUGCUAUUUCAACGGGAUACCAAAGGUACCUAUAAUAAUUCCUAGGUUCUUUGAGUGAGUCUGUGCAUCGAUACUUUAGACACAAAAGAAGUACUUGCAACGUGCACUGGCAUUCUAGUUUUCUUCAACAAUCCAAUUUAUGUUAUAUGAAUAUGUAAUAACAUUUCCUCUUCCUCUGUAAUGUCUGCGAAAAAUAACUCGAACAUGAACAUCAGCAUCUGUACUAACAUGCGGUUUGAAACAUUCUGGGGGAAGGAAUGCCGUACGAGUUGCAACGUGAUCUCUGGUAUCGCGUUGCCGCAGUGGUACCAGUUUGAGAACAGCUGCGUGCAGUAUGCUAAAGAGCCCGACUGGGUUCCCCUAUGCGAGCAGUUCUACAGUUGCAUAUUCGGGUGCGACAUUUACGGUGGAAGCCGGGAACGCCUAUUAUAUGCAGAGUACUACUAUGUGUAUAAGUUGAUAACACCACCUUCUACUUAGGAGACGUGGUUUGAUGUUGUGGCAACAGCAGGAUGGCUUUGAGGUAUAAACGUCGCUUCAAUAGGCAUCAGCGACGAUGAUACGUAGAAGACACAAAGAAAUACAGAUAGGAUAUUUGAAACUCGAACUCCAUGUUCAUUCUUUGAGACAUGCAUUUUCUACUGCUAAUGCUCGGGUAUAAACCUAUUUCAAUAGAGGAUCGAUACUUGUUUGGUAAACAUUAUGGAACUCUAUGACAGCGAACAGCGUCGGUACCAGCUAGUAUCAAAGUCGCCUAUUGCUUUCCUGCUUCAAAGUGAACGAUGUGACGCGAUGAAAUGUCGUUCUUUCUGCGCCAGAGACGUUUUCCGAGGCUGUCAUGAAGUGAUGUUUCGACAGGACUGCGAGUCGAUGCUGAACCGUCCUGGAUAUUUAUCGGGAAACCAGGGGGCUUGUCGCGUGAACUGCAGCAACGCGCUUGGACGCACGGUCGGCGUCGUUCCGUUCGUCGUAAUGAUUACGCUCUCGCUCCGCUGGCUCUUCUUCUGAGUUGAUAAGCUGAAUAGUUGUUGAUCGGUGUGGCAUCCACAUACAUAAGUUUAAGUACCUGUUUUUCUUGUUGCGUCAUGUUGAGGCAUAUAUUUAGAUUUAUCCGCAUCAAAUCAUAAUCGUUGUAUCUACCUCCCAUUUUUCUUGAACUUCUCGAACGUCAUAAAAAAUCUAUCUAACUACAAACUAUAUGCUACAAUCAUCAUCUUGAAAUUUCAAGAAAUUUAAUGCUAGUACGUAGUAGAGCGGUUGCGGGGACUCCCCGGAGAAAUACUAGUUUCGUAUAAAGGGCGCGACGCGAAAAAUUUAUCUCUCACAUUCAUCAUUGUCUCUCAUGUAACAUCGCUUUUUGGCUUGAAAGUUAUUCCACAUAAUUGCGCGUAAAUUGCAUAGAUGAACUGUUAGAGCACGAAGAACACUUGACUGAACGGUGGACUUGUAGACAAGUAGGC